GGGUGUUGUGUUUUCUAGUCCAAACUGCCAGGUGGCGCUAAUGCACUAUUUUGUUCUGUUGACCGAAGCAGUUAAAAGGAGUUCACACAGUGCUCACAGAUUCAGAAGAAACUUCAUAGUGAGAAUAGCAUGUCUAAAAUGUAAACGUUUUAAAUGAAGGAGACAAUAUAUGUCAGUCCAUGCCGGAUAAUAAUUGUUUAAUCAGAGAAAUGAAGAGAGAGAAGGAGUCAUUGGAGGUAAAGUUGAUGGAGAGAAACCACAAGCUGAACGGAGAGCCUCUUGAUGGCGCUGUGGUGGGUAAAGAGUUGACAGUCAAGAUGAUGUUCCAGAACCCGCUGUCACAAGUGUUGAGGAACGUUUUGUUCCGGAUAGAAGGAUUGGGAAUGCAGAGUGUCAGAAAGAUCCCGUAUGGUGAUGUGGAGAAGCUUGCGACGGUUACACUGAUGGAGAAGUUUGUUCCCACCGUCUCCGGCUCUCAGAAGCUCCUGGCAUCGAUGGACUGCCGUCAGCUCACUCAGGUUCACGGAUUCACCGAUAUUGUGCUCAAACCAAAGUGAAAAACUCUUUCAUUGUGAAGCUUUCUAAUGCUCUCACUUCUCUUGAAGAAUAUUUACUAGAUUGAGAGUCAUUUACACUUAAUAAUAAUUCAGUACCAGUGCUUACCACAGGUAUGCGGUGGUAGCUGGUUGGAAAAUC